CUCUCUCUCUCACUACCUCUCUCAGCUCUCUUCUUCUUCUUCUCCUCAUCUUUAUAAUCUCUCUCUGUCUCACUCCAAACUCUGUUCUUGUCUGAGGACUCUCUGCAGGGCUGCAAUUUGUUGGUUUCAGAAGUGUCUCUUCUGCUUGAUUCAGAAGAGGAAACGAGAUUUAUUCUCCCCUGUUUUGCGAUCUCAAAAAGCGUUAUUAUGAGCGGUGCGAAACGCUGAUCUUUCAUCUGAAGCUACUAAAAAGCUUGGUUCUUUGCAUACCGGAAAACGCCAUGGCCGGCAGCGACGAAAUCAACGCCAGUGAAUCGAAGAAGGUGGUUCCUCUCAAUACAUGGAUUCUCAUCUCCAAUUUCAAGCUCGCUUACAACAUGCUUCGCCGGCCGGACGGGACGUUCAACCGGGAUUUGGCGGAGUUUCUGGAGCGUAAAGUGGCGGCGAACACGAUUCCGGUCGACGGGGUUUACUCUUUUGACGUUGUGGAUCGGGCCACGAGUUUGCUUAACCGGGUUUACCGGCCGGCGCCGGAGAAGGAGUCGGAUUGGGGGAAAGUGGAGCUGGAGAAACCUCUGAGCACCACCGAGGUUGUCCCUGUCAUCAUCUUCUUCCACGGUGGCAGCUUCACUCACUCCUCCGCCAACAGCGCCAUCUACGACCAGUUCUGCCGGCGCCUCGUCAAGAUUUGUGGGGCGGUGGUGGUUUCCGUCAAUUACCGCCGGUCGCCGGAGCACAGGUAUCCUUGUGCUUAUGACGAUGGGUGGGCGGCCCUGAAAUGGGUGCAUUCUAGGCCGUGGCUACAGAGCGGGGAAGAUGGGAAGGUUCAUGUAUUCUUGGCCGGGGAUAGCUCGGGCGGGAACAUAGCCCACCAUGUGGCGGUGAGGGCAGCAGAGUCCGAUGUAGAGGUCCUAGGAAACAUCCUGCUUCAUCCCAUGUUUGGUGGGCAAAAGAGGACCGAAUCAGAGAUGAAACUGGAUGGGAAAUACUUUGUGACAGUCCAAGACAGGGAUUGGUACUGGAGAGCCUAUUUGCCAGAAGGGGAAGAUAGAGACCACCCAGCAUGUAACAUAUUUGGCCCAAGAGGGAGAGCCCUGGAGGGGCUAAAAAACUUCCCGAAAAGCCUCGUCGUCGUGGCGGGGUUCGAUGUCUCCCAGGACUGGCAAUUAGCUUAUGUUCAAGGCCUGCAGGAAUCUGGGCAGGAGGUGAAGCUCCUGUUCCUCGAACAGGCAACGAUCGGCUUCUAUUUCCUGCCGAAUAACAACCAUUUCAUCUGCCUAAUGGAGGAGAUAACCAACUUCAUCCACCCUCUAUCCUAAGCCUAACUGUUCAUAAUCAUACCUCACUCUUAACCCUGCUAUAUAUAUAUAUAUAUACCUCACCUAAGCCUCUGCUAAUAUAUGUGUUCUGAGGAUCAUGUUUGGAUCUUCUUUUGGGCUGCAAACUUCAUCAUCAACUUCACUUUGGUACCUCUGAGUUUUAGACUUUUUUGUUUUCUUGUAUUUUGGCAGUUUUGAGAUUUGCUGGUGAACUUAUCCGGCUUAAGGAGGAAGAAGUAGUAGUAUUACCAUGUAAGUGGUUUCUCUUCUUGGUCUGGUUUGAUGCCAGAAAUCUAAUUUUAGAAUAUGGAUUUUGGGGAAAUCCAUGAUGUUAUGAAGAUCAUAUAUAUAUGUAAUGUGUAUACUUGUGUAUUAGAAAUAUAUAAUAGUCUAUUUUGCUUCUUUUUAAUUUGGCUU